UAGAUAUAGAUAGUUGCUCAGAUAACUGGCUUGGGGGAUUACAACGGAAACCGAUUGAGGACACAGGAAAAAGUUGAGUUCAGAAUGUGAGCAUUUGAACAUCUUGCCAUCAGACCAUCGGGAAGCAGACACUUGACAGUAGUAAACCAUAGUAGUAUUGAUGGAUAAAUAGAGAGAAUUGUGUGAUGGAGACAAAAGAUCUGGAACUGCAUGGAGCAUGGUGUAUGUAUUUGGAAAUAUUAAUUGAGCCUUUCCAUAUCAUUAUCAGCGACUAGAAAAUUACUAUUUUCACAGCUGAUGAGGCUCAAGGUGCAAGGGACUUUGGGUGAGUAAGAGGGACACAGUUUUGAGUUAGCUGAGGUUUGUGAAAAGUAGUAGAGAAAGCACAGGUUAAUUCUUGAAGUUGCAACGUGACUUUAAGUGAUGUAGGGUAAAAUGCAGAAUACAUAGGAGUAUGAACAUAAUUUGGCAAUGUAUUCGAAGUAGUGUAAAAGCUCAGUUUUGCAUCCAUCAAGACAAUUACAUUCUAGGUCACCAAAGUAGGUAGCCAGGAAACUGAUGGAAUUGAAGAAUGUAGAACUUAUCAUUGAUUUAUUUGGACAACAAGGCGGAGAUUAUUCAAGAACUUGGUCUGCUGAGCAGUUGAGAGUGGGGCAUAAUGGUCUCUGCUAUAGUACAAAUGACAGGGUAAACACUAAAGCUUAUUCUAACAGGCAUUUAUAUGAAAAGAUCAUCCCAGUUUUAAGUGGUACUGAAAGUUUACUGGAUGUCAAAAUUGACAUUUACCAACUUUGUAUCGUUUACAGAAUUGACGUCCUUGCUUUAACACCAUUCCGCUGAGUACUGAUUCAACAGAGUGGUGUUGGUCUGGAUGUCUGAAUAUUCGAUAUGUUUGGGCUGUGGCCUGCAGCUAUACAAUGGUGACUUUAUUACAGCAGUGUGUGAAAUGAACCACUGAAGACUGGUGUACAAGAAGGAACUGCAGAUGCUGGUUUAAACUGAAGAUAGACACAAAAAGCUGGAGUAACUCAGCGGGACAGGCAUCAUGUCUGGAUAGAAGGAAUGGGUGACGUUUCGGGUCGAGACACUUCUCCAGAUGCUGCCUGUCCCGCUGACGGUGUGAAGACUGGUGCUGGAUAAACAGGGACAAGAGGGGUGGCUAUUCAUCAUCGAAGUACUAGUACUGGCAAUAACUGGCCCAUGUAAUGACUGAAUCAUAUGGUCUCUCUCGGCUUGAAGUUGAAUCGGUUCAUAUAUGCUGUCACAGCUGACACAACUGUGGAUCCUGAUCAAAGUUCUUUUAUAAUUAAAGCAACCGAUCCAAAGUGCAGAGACACAGGAAAUAAAUCUCAUAGUAAUAGCCUUUGUAUCCAGAGGGGCUUGGGGAUUAAAAUUGAAAUCAGAGAAGUGUUUCCGCACUGAGGUGUACUGAUGGGUAGAGUGCAAACAAAAAUAGAAAUGUUGGAAAUGCCUGUGGAGAGAGAAGUGUUGUCAGAAUCUAAUUUAUACUUGGAGCAGAGGUAUAGCAAAUUAAUUAAAAAUAUUUAUUGUGUCAUAUGCAGCUAUUUGGCAUAUUGAGUGUAAAAUGGCUCACAGGAUAAUCCCAUUAGUCCCUUCUCUUAUUUUCCUGUAACCUCUUCACCCAUUCUCUUGUGUGCUCAUUAAACCCCCACUAUGUUUUCUGUCAGAAACCUACACUAGCGGUAAUUUACAGCAUGAAAUUGAUUAGGAUAUAGGAGGAAACUGGAACACCCAAGGGAAACGUGGUAUAAAAAUGUGCAAAAUACUUCACACCAUCUCGGGGAAAGUUGCCAAUAUAAUCAAAGAUCACUCACUACCUGAUCAUUCUUUCUUCUCUCCUUGCGCAAAAGAUAGAAAAGCAUGAAGGUACAUACUACCAGAUUCAAGAAUAGCUUCUUCCCGAUUGUAAACAGACUCUUGACUCGUAUAUACCAAAGCUGUAUUCCCGAUCUGCCAAUCUACCUCAUUAUACCCUUGCAUGUUUUGUUAACUGGACUUUUGUUUCAGUAGCUGAAAAAAAGUCACACUAUACUCUAAAUUAUGUCCUUUUCCUCUUUAACACUUACCUGAUGUACUCCAGUAUGAAAUGAUUUGCCUGGGCAGCAUGCAAAAUACAACGUUUUCCACCGUGUCUCAGUACAUGUAACAAUAAUAACCAGUACCAAUAACAAAGCUUCAGAAGAGAGGAACUGAAACACUUCACAAAACUUUGGGUGAGACGAGGAACCAAAUAAGGGAAAGAACCACAACAGUGCUCAGUAGCUCCAAAUUGACUGUUCAGAUUGCAUUCUUCACAUGCUUUUGUUUCAAAACAAAUAUAUCUAUUUUCCAAAAGGAAAAGAAACAGAAAUACAUGGGUGGUGUGUUUUGGACAGGUACCUUUAAAUGUAAUUUAGAUUAAAAUGCAGUCACCUUUGGAGCCACAGGAUCUUAUGCUCAGGAAGAAAGAAACUUGGAGUAGUAAGGCCUAAGGACGUUACAGAAGGAACCUCAGUAUGAAACUAAUGUUGACUGACCCACUGAGGUCUCUCCUGCACUUUGUGUUUCGCUCAGCAAGAAACUCAUCUGCCCAAGAUCCAUAAUCUCCAAAUCACACAUUAGUUUGAUAUUCACCAUUUCUUCACCGUCAAGAUCCUGCAAAUGCCUCACUAAUAUUGCAGGGCUGUAUCCAACAAACAAAAUACUGCAGACCACAAAUUAAAAAUCUUAAAUGUAUAUAAAUUCUAGCCACGUUGCAAUUAUACCAUUCUUAUCUUGAAGAAUGAUUGAUCCUAUUACUCUCUGGAAUCAUUGAAUAAUACUAAAUGGUUGCCCAUCAAUCCUAUUUGAGUCUGCAUAGCCCAGCAAUUUCUGAACACAAGAAAAUACUUUCUUCAAAAGUGAGUAAAUUGUUGCCAAGCAGAUUGGUACUAUUAGUGCCAAAAAGGACACAUAGUGCUGGAAUAACUCAGCGGGUCAGGCAGCAUAUCUGGAGAACACAGCUAGGUGACAUUUCAGGUCAGGACCCUUCUUCAGUGUAAAGUAGGAUCCAUACUCAAAUGUCACCUACCCAUGUUCUCCAGGCUGCCUGAAUUGCUAAGUUAUUCCAGCACCUUGAGAUCUUUUUUGUAAAUCAGCAUCCGCAGUUCCUUAUUUCUACUCUUGGUGGCAGGCCCAUUGAUAUCAAACAACCAUUGAUGCCGGGUGCAAGGGGAACACAACUACCAUUGGUGCCAUACCCAUUGGUACCAGACUAAGACUAUCCUAGUGCUAGGCAAAUUGGUACCAGACUACCAUCAGUGUCAGGCGAAGUGGUACAAAACAACCAUUGAUGCCAAACUACCAUUACCAUUAUCAAUUGUAACAAACUACCAUUCGUGCCAGGCUCAUUGAUAACCAGACUACCAUUGAUGCCACGCUCAAUUGUACCUGACCAUCACUGUUGCCAGGCGUGUUGAUCUCAGACUGCCAUUGAUGCAAGGCACAACUGUACCAGACCACCAUCGGUGACAAACUCAUUGGUACCAGACCACCUUUGGUGCCAGGCUCGUUGGUACCAGACCACCAUUGGUGCCAGGCUUGUUGAUCCCAGACUACCAAUGAUUCCAGGCUCAAAUGUACAAGACCACCAUUGGUGCCAGGCUCGUUGGUACCUGACCAGCAUUGGUGCAGGUGCAUUGUUAAAGCAACGUUUACGGCCUAACACAUUGGUAAAGCUCCAUAGAUGCUGCUGCACCCGCUGAGUUUCUCCAGCUUUUUUGUGUAACCUCCUCUAUGAUCUUUGUUGGUGCCCAAGCGCCUUCACUCCCAACACAUGUUGUUUCUGAGAGGCCGCCAUCGAGGUGUGCGCAGUGUCGGUGAGCGCGGUACAUGCGACUUUGGGCGUCACAUGUGGGCAUUGUGGCGACACAAGGCCGGUAGAAUGCUCGCUACGCCGUGGAGUGAGCGGCGCGCCAGCCAGGACCGGGCCUGUGCCGCGGGAAACCAGCCGGCGUGAAAAUGUACCUAGCCGGACUGCAGGACCUGAAGAAAUACUCCGUUGUGGGACCGAAAGUUGCUGUGAAAGAGUUGAAGUUAGACUUCAAUGAUAUCAUAGUGGGAAAGGAUCAGUGGAGUGUGGAAGACAAAGUUUCUCAACAUAUUUUACGCAAUUUGUUGGACCAUAUCUUGAUGAGGUCAUUUAUUAUAGCAUUGCUUAUUGGGAGCUGUAUUUCAAUUAGUUGUCAGACCAAUCCUGUCAUUUUAGAGCGGUACUUCGUAAUCUUUGUGACCUUUGAGCAGGUGGUGGCGACGAUUUUUUUUUGGGAAAUGCUGCUGAAAUGGUACUACGGCUUCUGGAUAUUUUGGAAGGAUGGCUGGAAUAUUGCUGAUUUCAUGGUCACAUCCACCUUAUUUUUGGGCUCCACAUUGUCAAGCAGUAAUCAGAUUUUCUAUGUAUUGAGAGUGCUCAGAGCUCUGAGAAUGGUGAGGAGUUUGGCUGCCAUCCAGGGCCUGGCCAUUAUGGUGCAAGUGAUUGUCCAGUCAGUGUAUGAUAUGGCCAACGUUAUCUUCCUGCUCAUCCUGAUCACAUUGGUGUUUGCGGUGUUUGGGGUGAUCCUCUUUAGCAGUCAUGUUCCAGAAUCAUUCGGAAGUUUGGAAAAAGCCAUGUAUUCGCUGUUUGUCUGCAUCACACAAGAUGGAUGGGUGCAAAUCUAUGAACAAUUCCAGGCAGAGGAUGGAGUGAUGAUGUAUUGGGGUGCAUUGUACCUCUUUAUCUUCAUCAUAGGAGCAUCUUUUAUCUUUGCAAACAUAAUGGUUGCUGCAGUAACUUCAAAUCUGGAGCAAGCAAUCAUGCAGAAGCAGGAGGAGGCGAGGCAUACACUGACUGGUGGGUCAGGUAUAAUAUCUGAGUUAAAAGAUGAACACGACAGUAGCUCGGAUAUGGACCUGGUGCAUGUGAAAGAAUGUAUAAAGCAAAUAAUCAUAGCUCACAAACAGCAGCCGUUGAAGUAUAGCUCCCUGGAGAAUCUCAGCAUCUCCACGUACGAGGAGUUCUGCAUGGUGCUGGAAGCCAUCCAGAUAAACAUUGUGAAGUAUAAGAUAAUUCGUUCCGAGAUCAAUAGCAUCGUCAAAGAUAUGCGAGAGUUAUAUUUUAAUCGUGAGCAGCAGAAGCAUAUCAUACACAAUGAGAAGAAGAUAUUGGAGGUGAGCCAGGGACAACUCCUCCCUGACAUCGGAGCAUUCAGAAAGAGGGAAAUGCUCAGCACCAUUUUGUCAAACGAAAAGUCAUUCAAAGUAAGCCAGAUCCCUAGGGACAACAUGUACCAAAGAAUGCAGGAUAUAUCUUCCACGAGGUUGUUGAGACGUUUGCCUGAUAACUAAUUACUUAGGAUCAAUCUCAAAGCAUCAUCUGCCACGCAGACACAGUGAAGCCUCAGGAAGAUUUGUUCCUUCAGUGCCAAGGAACUGCUCAAUGUCAUCUUGAAGAGGCUGCUUCCAGGACAACAGUGAAUGUGAUCGCUCAUUGGGGAUCCCAGUGUAAUUCCUCAUUAGGGUGGAACCUAAGGAGGCCCUAACUUGAGUUACCUGUAUGUGGCUGUGGACUGCGGAAUGGAUUGGAAAGGCACAGCAAGAGCGGCGGUAGAGCCAAUUUGUGUUUCUGACAUCUGAUUAUUACUCAUCAUCCCAUCGCCAUGCCAUUGCUACUAAGAAAGAUGGCUUCUGACAUCAGAUUGAAAUGGACCCGUUCCAGGAAGCACUGUGAUCAGUAGAAAGGGAGCGUUCAGGAAAAUGUCAGGUGCCACUGACAUGGCAUUCAGGGAACUCAAUGAAUGAUGUGUUGGAUAACCUUCCACCAUCACCACCAUACAGUAAUCAUGCCAAAAGCAUCUCAGCAACUAAUCGUGCUCCUGCUGUCAAUUGCUCAGAAUCUCUUGUGGUCGGUGGUGAGCUGUAAAUAAUCCAUACAGCACCAGGUGAAAGACAACUUAAAGCUCAUAACAAUUACUGAACUGUGAAUGUGUGAUUGUACACUGCGGCAAAUCAGUUGGAUAUGAAAAUUAAAGCAGGACUAUAUAGGAAAUUAAUACUUUUGGGUAAAUAAUGUGUAACGUGCUGAUUUUAUUACAAGGAUGACAUGGAUAACCAGAAUAAAAAU